GGAGGGGGUGAGGGAGGUGGUGGUGGUGUGUAUUUCUUGGGCCCGGUAUGGGAAAGUCCGUGCCUAGUGCCGCUGAUUUGCCCUCUGCCGUCCUGGGCUACCCGAAGUACGCCACCCGCGCCUAUCUGGGCGCCCAGGAGCCGGCUUUCAGCGCGGCGUACCGCAGGGCAGCUGGUUGGCUCCUCAGGCACCUGCCGCCAGGCACGGACGCCGCGGCCGGUGGGCCAACCCGAGGGGCCGGGCCGAGAAACGAGCACAAGAGCGACGAGGGAGAAGGGGACCAAUUGCGCCGGCACUCGCGUGCAGGCUUCCCGCGCCAGGUCGCGCGCGAGCGCCCUCGCUUCCAAUGCACCGUGCUGCGCUGGCAGCCCGCAUACGCCACCGAGUGAGGUCGCUAUGCCAUCUCGAGCAGGGCCCUUUUUUUCGUUGCCCACACGGCGGGCGAGGAGCACGUCCCGCAUCCAGGGCCUCGCGGUCCGGGCCUUUCCCUGCCGCGAUCCCACGGGUGCAGGGCAGCUCUGCGCGGAUGGCCCGCCUGGG